UUGGAGCGGACCCCGAAAGCCUGGCUCGGUCUCAGUCUGGCCGGGCAUCGAGACCGAAGCAAGAUGGUGGUGUUCGUGUACGGUAUGCAUCCGACCGGAGCGGCUGCGAAAGCUACCCCAGCUGUCAAAGUCGGUGAUGAAAUCUUGGAGGUGAACGGCAUAGUGCUGCACGGCAGGUGUCACCUUAACGCAUCCGCUAUCAUCAAGGGCCUCGUGGGACCUGUGUUCAAGAUCAUCCUCCUCAGACGCAAAUCAGCCUUAGUAGAUGUCGCAGUCAAACCAUUGCUACCAACACAGUUUCCAGUCGCUUUAAAAGAAGACUCGGAGGAUCGGUUUGCUGGGUACAAAGGCGCUCGCGACAUAACUAUCAAGAAGGGUCCGGCGGGCUUAGGCAUCAUGAUAAUAGAUGGUCGGCACCAGGAGGCUGGUCGUGGGAUAUUCGUGUCGGAUCUACAAGAGGGUAGUGCAGCGGAACAGGCCGGUAUGCAAGUUGGUGACAUGAUUUUAGCCGUCAACCUGAGAAGCUCUUCGCCCGUUCAAAAGUACGGUGUGCCCAAAUCUCGUAGUGGCCAGAAGGGUACUGGCUCCGUAUCACAGGAAUAUUCACCUUCUUCAAGAUCACAGAAGAAGAAUACACAGCAGGCGCACAGGACUUUAGAAGAUUUCUCAUUUGGAACACAAAGCCUCGCUAAAUCAUCAAGAAACAGCCCUUCCCAAAUUUAUGGAACACCAGCUAACUCUCUGACGACUCACUAUAGUGCACCUAGAGAAGAAGCUAGAAAAACUGGUGCAUAUUAUGGGGAAUCAGGUGUACUAUCGACAACCUACAACAGACCUAAUGGAAGGAGUACCUCUCAGGAAUAUGGUGUGCCAGAAACAGGGGCAGCUUUGAAAUCAAGCACCCUUGCAUCAUCUUAUCCAUCAGCUAGAACACCAUCCCGGAAACACGGCGCACCAUCGUCUCGUACCGCCAUGCCCUCGCCGCAGUACGGUGCUUCAAGCAACCUCGACGGAUACUCUGAUCAGAGCUACGAGAGCUAUGCAAGAAAUUCUUUAGAAUUGCUUAAUCAGGAUAAUAAUAGACAAAAUAUACAACCUUUUACAUCAACACACCGCAGUCUUGUAGAAGUUAAAUGUCUAUCUGAAUCAGCAUUCCAUGAACAAGGUAUAGAACAAACUAUUACAGCAGGACAAUCAACGACAAGAACACCAUUAUAA